AUGUGUCAUUAAUGUAGAAAAGGAGUCAGAAAUUGAAAUAAUCAUCAACAACAAGACACAUCGUUUACUUCUAUUCUAUACUACAAAGCUUUCAUCAAUGGCGGACUUCAAUUACGCCUUCAUCUCUCUCCUUCUUCUUCUUCCUUUUGCACUCCUCGUUCUCCUAUACCUAAUUGUGCGUCCACGUCCCGUUAAGAUUCCUCUGAAGAAUCGCCAUGUCUUCAUUACCGGCGGAUCGAGUGGAAUCGGCCUCGCUUUGGCCCACCAGGCCGCGUCGGAGGCCGCGCGAGUCUCCAUCCUUGCGCGUUCUCACAAGAAGCUCGAGGAGGCCAAAGACGCAAUCCGACUCUCCACUGGCAUUGAUGUGGCGGUCUACGCUGCCGAUGUUCGAGAUUACGAUGCCAUUUCGAAGGCUGUACAUGAAGCAGGGCCAAUUGACGUUCUUAUUGUGAAUCAAGGCGUGUUUGUACCUCAGGAACUGGCGGAGCAGGAAUUGGAUGAGGUGAAAUUCAUGUUAGAUGUGAAUUUAUUGGGCACAUUUAACAUGAUUAAGGCUGCCCUACCUGCGAUGAAGAAUAGAGUGGACCGUCGACCCGCAUCGAUCGCUCUCAUGUCUUCUCAGGCCGGUCAGGUUGGUAUUUAUGGUUACACGGCGUAUUCAGCUAGUAAGUUUGGGAUUCGAGGUUUGGCAGAAGCCUUGCAACAGGAGGUCAUUGGAGAUGACAUACAUAUUUCUCUUAUAUUCCCUCCAGACACCGACACUCCUGGAUUUGCAGAAGAGCAAAAGAAAAGGCCUGAAUUGACCACUAUCAUUGCUGCUGGAGGAGGAAGUAUGAAACCGGAGUUAGUUGCCAAAAAAUCUUUUAAUGGGAUUAAGUCUGGUAGUUUUAUAAUUCCCUGCAACUUUGAGGGAGCAUUAUUGUCCAUAGCGACUGCUGGCUUAUCUCCUCAGAGAUCAUUCUUGAUGGCAUUUCUUGAAGUUGUUGGUGCUGGAAUUAUAAGGAUUGUAGCCUUGUGUUUUCAAUGGGUUUGGUAUGGAAGUAUUGAAAAAUGGCAUGCACAAAGAAAUACAUAUGAUGAUGUGAAUGACUGUCUUCCUUCUGAACUCUUGCUUCGAUGGCUUUAUUGUGAAUGACAUAUCAGAUCAGUAUUCUAAUUAUCAUAUCUUCAACCUAUAUUCUCUUACUGUUGGUGUCUGUUACAUCUUGUCUAAAGAUGAUCCAUGCUGUGAAUCGAUGAUUACCUACCUAAGUAACAGAAAAUCUACAUUCAAACCCAAGAAAUUUAAUUAUGUUAUGGUGAGGUCAAAUAUCUGGAUAAGCCUGGAACUUGACACUUUCAUCAAAGUUCAUUCUCUGUUUUUUCUCUCUAACUUUAAGCCAUUUGAUGACCAUGUGU